UCAUGGCUUCCAAACGACCUGUCUUCAACCAUCGACCUACAGAUGACACUGGUAUCAGCUGGGAUCGACCAGAGCAUUCAAGUUCGAAUGAAAGCAACGACAUUGGGUUGUCUGCAUAUCCUUUGAAGGAAGACUUCAAAGAUUCAAAAGCCGAUGCUAAUAUCGCUUCUGAACCAGACACAGAAGAUGGGUCCGAUGCGGUGCCCAAGGGGACAACGCACGUCUUGGAUACAGCUGGAGACAUUGUUGAUCAAAUCCUUGAUACAGAGGAUGAUCCCACCGAAAAGGCAUUGACGUUUCGAACGUGGUUCUUGGGCAUUGGCCUCUCGAUCUUCGCCUCGGUUCUGCAGGAAAUCUUCUAUUUCAAACCACAAACGAUCUUCGUUUCUCUGGUCUUCUUGACUGUCAUAGCCUACGUUCUUGGAGACGCAAUGGCUUAUGCGAUUCCUCGCAAAGGCUGGCUUCGACACCUGAAUCCCCACGAGUUCAAACGCAAAGAACAUGCAGCAAUUACCAUCAUGGCUUCCGCCGCAGCCGUCAGUGCUCUGGCCACCGAAGCAUUGGCUGCCCAAGCCCUUUUCUAUGGUGGAUAUCCAAGCAAAGCUGCUGGAAUCUUCAUUGUCCUCUCGUCACAACUUCUUGGUUUCGGCGUGGCUGGCAUGCUGCGAGACAUCUUGGUCUACCCCACAAAAAUGUUAUGGCCCAUGACACUUCCUGUAACGACACUACUACAGACCAUCCACAAAGACAAAGCGGAAACCAAGCACCGCAUGAGAGUCUGGUACAUCGUAUUCUUCGCUAUCUUCUUCUGGGAGAUCUUGCCGGAGUACAUGUUCAUAGUAUUGACUGGUGUUUCAGUCUUCUGCCUAGCUGACCAACACAAUCUUGUCUUCACUAACCUCUUUGGUGGUGCUUCAGGUAACGAAGGCCUUGGAUUUCUCUCUNUUUGCUUUGAUUGGAACUAUAUCGCGUCCUUCCAAUCACCACUGUGGUACCCACUCCAGACCACAGUCAAUAUGUUGAUCGGUAUCAUUGGAUGCUACAUCCUGUUCAUGGGUCAGUCGUUUAGGCUUGAGCAUCGUUCAUUGCUGAUCCAAUCCAAACAGNGUAUCUACUACGGCAACCUAUGGGAAUCCCAAAAUUUCCCCUUCCUAUCUCAAGCGCUAUACAACAGCACGUCCACCGCGAGCAACUACACAAUCUACAACCAGAGUCUUAUUCUGAACGACCAGUUUGAGAUUGACUUUGAAAAACUUGCCCAAGAAGGGGUGCCUUAUCUCACUGGGACUUACAUUGCCUAUCUGAUCACAUCAAAUUCGGGUCUGACAGCUACAUUUGUGUAUAUGUUGUUGUGGAAUUGGGAUGACUUGAAAGCAGCUUGGACCUGGGCUCAUCCUCGCAACUUGUCCAGAUUGCUUGACCCAAAGAUAUAUAUGUUUUGGCGCAACGAAGAAAGCCCGGAAGAGCGCAUGGAACGCAAGAUCGAUAACCCUACUCUGGAUAGUCACUACAAAGUCAUGUUACUCAACAGGUAUCGAGAGGUGCCGAUGUGGUGGUGGGCUGCUGUUAUGGCGAUCAGCUGGGUUGUUGGCAUUAUCUGUCUCUAUUCAAUCAAGUCGACCCUUCCAGGCUGGGGCUACCUGCUUGCUCUUAUGCUCACCGCUCUCUUCACACUGUUUNUCGGAGCCCAAUCAGGUAUUACUGGAUUUGGCUUCAACCUCCAGCCUAUAUGUCAGAUGCUUGCAGGUUACCUUUUCCCCGGUCGUCCGCUUGCGAAUUUCUACUUCACUUGCUUCACCUACAACACCUCGUCUCAAGCUACAUUGCUUGCGAAAGAUCUGAGAUUGGCCCAGCAGAACCAUAUAUCGCCUCGCAUAACCUUUGUCCUGCAAAUCACUGGCUGCCUUGUGGGCGAUUGGGUCAUGAUGGAGAGCAUUGUCCAGAACCAAGCUCCAAUCUUGGCAUCCAUUCAAGGCACAAACAUCUGGUCCGGUCAAAAUGUCCAACAGUUCAACACUCUUGCCAUCGCAUGGAGCAUUGCAUCGAAGAUGUUCAGUGUGGGUGCGCGCUACGAGUGGGUGACACUGUCUUACCUGAUUGGUUUCAUCGUUCCGAUCCCUACGUACCUCGCCUAUCGCUACACCAAGAACCCAGCCUGGGGUUAUCUCAAUCCAUCCAUUAUCCUCUGGUAUAUGGGCAACCUGUUUGUUGGCAUCAACAGUUCGCUCACAAUGUUCUUUGUCCUCGCUUUCAUCAGUCAGUUCUGGAUCCGCAAGUACCACCCACAGUUGUUCGUCAAAUACAACUAUCUUGUCUCUGCAGCCAUGGACGGAGGUACACAAGUUAUGGUUUUCAUUCUUACUUUCGCAGUUGCUGGUGGUAGUGGUAAAGCCCAUCCCUUCCCCACCUGGGCCGGUAAUCCGGAUCUGAGUGUCCAUAACGCCGAUUACUGCAUGGUGAACCCAGCCAACAAUGGG